AGUCAUGCACAAAAAGUUUGAUAUAUCAAAGUGGAUAGAAGUGUGAGUGAAAAUGGAUAGGCUAACGAAAGCUCAACUAUGUACAAUCACACUUCUUAUUUUGUUUUGUCAAUUUGGUGUUAGAAAUUGUCAACUUCAAGUUGGGUAUUAUAGCAGUUCAUGUAGUGUUGCUGAGUUCAUUGUCAAAGAUGCUGUUAGGGAUGGUUUUUCUAAGGAUAAAGGAGUGCCUGCUGCUCUUCUAAGAAUGCACUUUCAUGAUUGCUUUGUUAGAGGUUGUGAUGGAUCAGUUCUUAUAGACUCCAGUUCAUCAAACACAGCAGAGAAAGACAAUCCAGCAAAUAAUCCAAGUCUGAGAGGAUUUGAAGUUAUUGAUAAUGCAAAGUCUAGACUUGAAGCCGUCUGUAAAGGAAUUGUUUCCUGUGCUGAUAUACUUGCAUUUGCAGCUAGAGAUAGCAUUGAACUCAGUGGAGGUCUUGGCUAUGACGUUCCUGCAGGAAGAAGAGAUGGCAGAAUUUCUUUAUCCUCAGACGUAUCAACAAACUUACCUGCUCCAACAUUUAAUGUCAAUCAGUUGACUCAAUUAUUUGCUAAUAAGGGUUUCUCACAAGCAGAAAUGGUUACACUUUCUGGAGGACAUACGAUUGGUCGAUCACACUGCACUUCCUUCAGUAACAGAUUAUACAAUUUCAACCAAACGAGUAGUAGUGAUCCAAGUUUAGAUGGCAUGUACGCAGCCAAGUUGAAGCAGCAAUGCCCGCAGAGCAGCACCGACAAUGGCUUGGUAGUACCGAUGAAUCCUUCAAGUCCAGGCACAAUAGAUGCAGGAUAUUACAUCGAUAUCUUAGCAAAUAGAGGUUUGUUCAUUUCGGACCAGACUCUUUUGACAAACCCAGCAACAGCAACCCAAGUGAGUCAAAAUGCUCGGAAUCCUUUGCUUUGGCAGACCAAAUUUGCUGCAGCCAUGGUCAAGAUGGGCGGGCUUGAUGUUUUGACUGGUAAUGCUGGAGAGAUAAGAGCAAAUUGUAGGGUGAUUAAUUAACUAGCUAAGUUAAUUGAACAUCAGGUGAAUUGAUUAAGUAUCUCUCCUCUCUCUAUACCAAUCCUAAUUGCUUUUAUGUAGAAACGUAAAAUAAUUGAAAAGACUGGACGCAUGUAAGUUUAACUGUGAUCUUAAUGCAGUGAAAUAUAUAUGGAAUCGA